CCGUCGUCGCCUUUCCAGAGGCGAUUACUGGGCAGGCUCAGUCUUUCGUCUCAGUCUCGAGCUCUAGCUGGCAGCUAAGCGUACGCGCUCUGGGAUCUUCAGUUCUAGUGGCCGCCAUCGAGGUUGCUUGGGUUCCUCUGGGCUCACCUGCGCCACUCGCCAGCUACACACUCCGCCGCCAUCAUGGUAAAGCUCGCAAAGGCCGGUAAAAAUCAAGGCGACCCCAAGAAAAUGGCUCCUCCCCCAAAGGAGGUAGAAGAAGACAGUGAAGAUGAAGAAAUGUCAGACGAUGAGGAGGAUGAUAGCAGCGGAGAAGAGGUUAUUAUUCCUCAGAAGAAAGGCAAAAAGGCUACCCCAACUCCCGCAAAGAAGGUGAUGGUUUCCCCCACAAAAAAGGUUGCGGCUGCCACACCGGCCAAGAAAGCAGUUGUCACUCCUGGCAAAAAGGCAGCGGCUACACCAGCCAAGAAGACAGUUACACCUGCCAAAGCAGUAGCCACACCUGGCAAGAAGGGAGCCACACCAGCCAAAGCAUUGGUGGCAACCUCUGGUAAGAAGGGAGCAGCCGCUCCAGCUAAGGGGGCAAAGAAUGGCAAGAAUGCCAAGAAAGAAGACAGUGAUGAGGAAGACGAAGACGACAGCGAAGAGGAUGAGGAGGACGAAGAGGAGGACGAGGACGACUUUGAGCCAGCAGUGGUGAAAGGAGCUGCUGCUGCUGCUGCUCCGGCCUCCGAUGAUGAGGAGGAGGAGGAGGAUGAAGAUGAGGAUGAGGACGAGGACGAGGAUGACGAGGAGGAGGAAGAUGACUCUGAAGAAGAAGCUAUGGAGACGGUACCAGCCAAAGGGAAAAAAGCCCCGGCAAAAGCUGUUCCUGUGAAGGCCAAGAGCACUGCUGAGGAUGAAGAUGAAGAGGAGGACGAGGAGGACGAGGAGGAUGAAGAGGAUGAUGAUGAGGACGAGGAUGAAGAGGAGGACGAGGAGGAGGAGGAGGAUGAGGAAGAUGAAGACGAGGACGAGGAGGAGGAGGAGGAAGAGCCUGUCAAAGAAGCACCUGGAAAACGAAAGAAGGAGAUGGCCAAACAGAAAGCAGCUCCUGAAGCCAAGAAACAGAAGGUGGAAGCCACAGAACCAACUACGUCUUUCAAUCUCUUUGUUGGAAACCUGAACUUCAGCAAAUCUGCUUCUGAAUUAAAAACGGGUAUCAGUGACGUUUUUGCUAAAAAUGAUCUUGCUGUUGUCGACGUCAGAAUUGGUGUGUCUAGGAAGUUUGGCUAUGUGGAUUUUGAAUCUGCUGAAGACCUGGAAAAAGCCUUGGAACUCACUGGUUUAAAAGUCUUUGGCAAUGAAAUUAAACUAGAAAAACCAAAGGGAAAAGACAGUAAGAAAGAUCGAGAUGCGAGGACGCUUUUGGCUAAAAAUCUGCCUUAUAAAGUUACUCAGGAUGAAUUAAAAGAAGUCUUUGAAGAUGCCGUGGAGAUCAGAUUAGUCAGCAAGGAUGGAAAGAGUAAAGGGAUUGCUUAUAUAGAAUUUAAGACAGAAGCUGAUGCAGAGAAAACCUUGGAAGAAAAGCAGGGAACAGAAAUAGAUGGGCGAUCCAUUUCCCUGUACUACACUGGAGAGAAAGGUCAAAAUCAAGACUUUAGAGGUGGAAAGAAUAGCACUUGGAGUGGUGAAUCAAAAACUCUGGUUCUAAGCAACCUCGCCUAUAGUGCCACAGAAGAAACCCUUCAGGAAGUAUUUGAGAAGGCAACGUUUAUCAAAGUGCCCCAGAACCAAAACGGCAAAUCUAAAGGGUAUGCAUUUAUAGAAUUUGCUUCGUUUGAAGAUGCUAAAGAAGCUUUAAAUUCAUGUAAUAAAAGGGAAAUUGAGGGCAGAGCCAUCAGACUGGAGUUGCAAGGACCCAGGGGAUCACCUAACGCAAGAAGCCAGCCAUCCAAAACUCUGUUUGUGAAAGGUCUGUCCGAGGAAACCACAGAAGAGACAUUAAAGGAGUCGUUUGACGGCUCUAUUCGUGCAAGGAUCGUCACUGACCGGGAGACUGGGUCCUCCAAGGGGUUUGGUUUUGUGGACUUCAACAGUGAGGAAGAUGCCAAAGCCGCCAAGGAGGCCAUGGAAGAUGGUGAAAUUGAUGGAAACAAAGUUACUUUGGACUGGGCCAAGCCUAAGGGCGAAGGUGGCUUCGGUGGCCGAGGAGGAGGCAGGGGCGGCUUUGGAGGUCGAGGUGGUGGCAGAGGUGGCCGCGGUGGAUUUGGUGGCAGAGGCCGGGGAGGCUUUGGAGGGCGAGGCGGCUUCCGAGGAGGCAGAGGAGGAGGAGGAGGAGACCACAAGCCACAAGGAAAGAAGACCAAGUUUGAAUAGUUUCUUCUAUCCCUGUCGUUCCUCUUCCAUUUGAAAGAAAGGACUCUGGGGUUUUUACUCUGUUACCUGAUCACUGGCAGAGCCUUCUGAGGACAUUCCAAGACAGCGUGCAGCCCUGUGGUCUCCUUGGAAAUCGUAUAGAUAACAUUUCAAAGGCGAUAACCCUGUUGGUUUUGACUGGAUAUUGAUAUAAACUUUUUAAAGAGAUGAGUGAUAGAGCUAACCCUUAUCUGUAAGUUUUGAAUUUAUAUUGUUUCUUCCCAUGUACAAAACCAUUUUUUUCCUACGAAGUUUUUUUUUUUUUUUUUUUUUUCUUCUUGCCUUGGGGGGUUGUAAAAGAAAGCAGAAUGUUUUAUCAUGACUUUUGCUUCAACUUUGGGACAGAUUAAAAGUCCUAAACUCUGGUGCCAGA